AUGUGUAAUGCCGUCUUGAAAAUCUGUUUUGCACCCACAGCGAACGAGAAACCCUGCGUCGAUACACAGAGGGCAGAGAGAUGGCCAAUGUCUUUAGCGUCUCUGCUCAUUUUCGCCUUGCUCUUGUCUGAUUAUUUUUGCACUUGCGCUGGUGCGAGAUUGAGGAGCGGGGAAACCGCGGGGAGGAUCUGGAGUGACCCCUCGGGGAGUCGUAACCUGGCCACAUCACACGCGGGGGAUCAAAGAACGAGGAGCGGUCACUGUGAUCCCUCGCUAACCAAUUUGACUGGACCUGUCGAAGACUUGGAAUCAGUCUGUCGAUUUCCCAAGGGUUUGGAUCGCGCUUGCCUCUGGUCUUAUUUCAGUCAUUUUAGGCUCUCCUUCUGUCACUCUUACACCGUUGCUGAUCUUUUGCGAGAAUAUGUCAACCCGAACGGGUUAAACUGCAGUUUAGAUAUGCGGAUCAGAGAUGAUGGAGAGGCCCUGUCUGUCUGCAGCGAGUGCAUCAGGGCUUAUCAGAUGGAGGACCAACACGCUCAGGAAAAAUAUGAGGAAUUCGAGUCACUGCUACACAAAUACAUGGAAUCGGGCUACUCGGUCAGAUCUUGUCCAAGCGACUGUAUGGCAGUCUACAAAGCAUGGCUGUGUUCGGAGUAUUUCAAAGCCUCACAGCUUCUGUGUCCUCGCAAGAUUCCUUGUAAGCAAUACUGCCUGGAAGUCCAGGCCCGAUGUCCAUUUAUUCUACCAGACAACGAUGAUCUAAUCUAUGGCGGGUUGCCAAGCUUCAUCUGCACAGGGCUACUAGAAAACCAUUUAACCAAUGCAGAGCCAGAAUGCUGUGAUGUCAGAUGGAACACCUGUGAUCUUUCCUGGGAUAAAGGUUACAAUAUAUCUACCAAAUCCAUGGACUCCGUGUUGCAUCAUAAGUCUUCACUGCCUGUUUCAGCAGCACCUCGACUGUGCAACAGCAGACUCAAGCUGUGUGUUUUGGUAUUAAUUCUUCUACACACUGUGGUGACAUUCUCUGGGUUUCAGAACAAUAGCAGAGUUGGCAUGGAGGCAGUAAGUGCACUGGAUGACAGUUCUGCAGGUGAAGAGUAG